GUUGAAACUCUCAUUAUUCAAAUCUCAAUAUAUCUAUAUCUAUAUAUAGUCGUUAUUAUUGUUUGUGCAAUUCAAAGGCUGUUUUUGUGAUUUGUUGUGAGAGAAUCGCGAUCAAGAUCGUUGAGAAUGGCCAGUGUUGCUGGGAUGAUUGGCCGAGGUUGUGGAUCUUCUUCGUGGAUCCAAUUGAAGAAUUCGAAGAAGAAGAAAACGAUGAGGAAAAAUGACAGGGUUAGGGUUUGUCCUGCUUCGUAUCCUGCUUCUUCUGCUGUCACCAAUCCCUACAAGACAUUGAGGAUUCAACCAGGUGCUUCUGAAUCUGAGGUCAAGAAAGCUUUCAGACAACUUGCUCUCCAUUAUCAUCCGGAUGUUUGCAGAGGAAACAAUUGUGGGGUUCAGUUUCACCACAUUAAUGAAGCUUAUGAUGUAAGUUCCCUACUCUUUUUGUCUAUGGGCCUUUUAUUUUAUUUAUUUUUAAUUAUGAUAGAGAAUUCUCAUGGUUCAUUCAAAACAGAACUUUGUUUAGUCCCUGCCCCUGGUAUGAUUGAUUAUGAUAUGAACAUAUAUUUCUUCUUCUUACAGUUGGAUGAACAUUUUUCUCGUCCUAUGAAAGAAUUUGUUUCCCUGUGUUUAGAGAAGGCUCCUUCUGAGAUUCUGGAGAAACUUAUGGGUCAUUCACAACACUGGAUGUUCUUGCUAAGAACUAUUUUCUUAUGUAGUUCACUUCCCAUAGAAAAUCCUAAAUGGUUGAGAAGUGCUGUGUUGGGUUGUGUUUAA